UUUGAGUGCGUGACGUCAUUUAAAGGACGGAAGUUCAAUUUUAAAGCUCUUAGUAUAUAAAAAUUAUAUACGAACAAGCAUAUUUCCAACUGGAAUUUUACAUAUUUUAUAACUUCUCUUCGCAAAAAUUGCGUAUAUUUAGUGACAAAUGAGCAACACGCAUAGGUAAGCAACAUUUACAAUCGAUUAGAGUUUUAUAAACUUCUUGAAUUAACUUAUAUUUCUCAAUAAACUGGGUGCCGCAUCCUUCACGAAGUCUGCGGUUUUAACACACACGCAAUGUUAUCAGAAACUAACUGUACCGCGCUUAUUUCCAAUCAUCCAAUGUAUACUACUUUUAUAAACUUCUGGAUUAGACUUAUCAUUCUUAUCAUAUGGGUGUCGCAUCCUUGACGUAGUCUGUGGUUUUAAAACCCAUGCAAUAUUAUCACAACGCACAUAAUAUAAGGAGAAUAAUUUUUUAUUAAGUUAGUCAAACGUAACGAUACACCGCAAGUUAAAAUAUGGCGAGUAGGCAAAAUUCUGCAAAAAAUCGUCAAGGAGGACAAUAUUGUGUUGUUGGUUGGCCCAACGGAAAAAGUUGUACAAACAGUCAACACACAGAGGGUGUCUCAGUACAUCGUUUCCCCAUGAAUGACAAGGAGAGGCUGAGUAAAUGGACAAAAUUUGUUAGGAGACAUAGGCCAAAAUUCGUUCCUCAGCAGUACUCUGUGCUAUGUUCAAUGCGUUUCGCAGAUUAUGCAUUCACCGUGAACGCAACAGUUGCAAAAUCGCUAAACAUGAGACGACAAUUGCGCUCUGAUGCUGUUCCAACCAUAGACUCUGUAAAAGGCAUUUCAAUCCAAGGUGAUAAGAGCAAUCGCGACCGCAGAGUUGUGUUGCGUGAAGUAACACGAAGUGUAAAAGAUGUUGAACCCGCUGUUAAACAUACUGAUGAUGAUGGGAAUUCUGACGAGUGUAACACGACAGAAAGCGUUGAUAGUGAACCAGUUAGAGAGGAUUCACCAGAACCGCUGCCAAAACAAGAGCAAGUUGAAAUGAACUAA